UAGUCACAACGAAUUCCUGUCGUUUAUUGUGAAUGGUAUUACAUAUGUCGUUUUUCGCCUGAAAUGCGACUAUGUUUAAAAUCUAUUACAUUUUUUGGUAUUAUGUAUGCCGUUUUUUAACGAGAAAUUCGACAGAAACAGUCGUAGAGAAUUUUUCAAGUGACAAGAUUAAAAAUUACAAAAACUGAAUAAAAAUAAUUAGAAAAAUGAAUAACAGCAAAACGAUAAAGAAAACGACACCAAAACAAUUUGAAGCUCUUGUGGAUUUUAUGUGUCAAAACCCAAAUAUAGCUAAAGGAUACCAUAAAAACACAGACAAGUUGUCCAUUAAAGAGCAGUGGAAUAAUUUGCAAAGGAAGCUGAAUAGUUUAGGCCCUCCCACACGUGAGGCUGAAGGUUGGAUGAAGGUAUGGGCAGAUAUGAAGAGCAGCGUUAAGAAGAAAAUCGUGCACAAUAAGAUGGAAAGCCGUGCAACUGGUGGAGGCAUUUUCAACCAGAAGUUGUUGACACCUUUGGAGGAGGCAGUAGCAGGACUACUGCAAAUCAAUUCUAUUGUAAGUCCAGAAUGCCCAUCCAUCGGUGUUCAAAGCUCGCCGGUAAACCUGAUUCAAGAAAUUUUGGAGGACGAAGUUGAUGGACACGUCAGCGAGGACAAUGUAGAAGUGGAUAUCCAACCCAAUACUUCCACUCGAAAAAGGAAGCAACGAACUGUGGACAAAAAUGUACUUCUGGAUCAACAGCUUAAAAUUCAGACAAGUUUAUAUGAAGAAGUAAAAAAGAGUUUUAUUUUACUUUUUUACUUUUUAUUACGAAACGUUUAA